CCCUUUUUAAAAAAAAUAUCUUGUCUGGUUUCGUAUCUUGUGCUAAACCAUGCUUUGCUUUGUUCAGCCAUGGUUUAUUGAAUAAAGCACAACUAAUUGGGUUCACACAACAUGUUAAUCCAAAAAAUGUAUGUCGUUAGACUGCAGUAGUUGGGAUAAUACAACACAAGCCAAAGCCAAACAAACUAUGUUGUGUUUUAGUAUAGUGCCGGAAGCUGAGUUCCCUCUUUGUGCUAAACCUUAAUAUGGUUUAUUUAGUUUUGGAUUAAAACAAUGUACACACCUAGUUCUUUCAGUUUAAAAUAAUUGUUUAUGAAUUACCAUAAUGUAUGAACCAGCUAUACUGGUUUAUUUAAAAACUGUUAAGACAAACCAUAGCUUAGUAUGUGUGGGAGUUCAGUAUAAGCAUAUAAUAAGCUGAAAUAAAAUGAUGCCAAACUUCUGCUUCUUAAAGGUUAGAACUUCAAAUAUCAGUAUUGCGUGCAGAUAUUUACAUUCUCAACAUGCAAACCUCAGGAUCAAGUGUAUCCACGAGUGUCAUGUGUAGUAGUGCAUAGGUGUGCAUUAUGGCAGCAUCCCUGGGUGUACUAAUGGCAAGAAUGGUUCAGCUGUUUUUAUGUGUGUUGUUUUGGUCUUGUGCCCUUUAAUUCUGAUAGCUGCCCAACAAAGUAUUUCAUAGUCCUGUGUUAUGCUGAUUUGCUCUUUAGAACUGUAGACAAAAAUGGCUGAUUUUUCUCUGGUGUAGCAUCCUAUUUGUUUUCUUCUGCAGAAUAUUGUGUGAGAGAGAGAGAAGGAUGGAAGGAGGCUUCAUUCUCUAUGGUGGCAUGGAUUUCAUUUUCUGUAUUGAUAUGAAUCAAGAUGUGAAAUUUGGUGGUUAAACCUCAUAGUUUUACCAGUUCUUAAGUUUACUGAUGAUUUUUAAAAUAUAUACCAAACAAUCCAGACCAUGAGUGGGCAAUGUGGUAUCUAAGGUACUAAGUUGACCACAGUACCCCCAGAUAUUUCCAUGAAACCACACAAUGUUUUAUAAAAUUUCAGUAAGAUACCUGGUAUCUUCCACAAGAAUGCCAAAAUCUUGUCAGUUCUCAAGAGUGAGAUUGCUGAAAUCAUUUUUGGACAUUUUAAACCUAUUUUUAUUUUUAUAGUGCCCAACCCCAACUCAUGCUUUAUGCAUACUCAGAAGCCUACUUAUUUAUUUAUUUUUGUGUGUUCCAGGUAUCAACUUUGUUUAAGGAAAAUAGAUAGAAUUUUGCCCAUUAAAAUUGUUUGUUUUUAAACUGAGUUUUGAUCAUCAGUUUUUUACAGUUUCAAAAACAUCAGCUGUGUUGGUCAGUUGCACAAAAUCAACAAGCCCCUAAUCUCCAUGGAAUCCUUUUUCAAAAAGCACUUCAGGAGGAAGAUUGCAUCAUCAGGGCCCCAACGCACCAGCAUGGUGGCCUUGCCUGCAAGCAGAGCAAGGCGGCGUUCUGUGGUAGGCCAGCCCUCUACUGUACUUAUGGAACGCCGACGCAGAUCCAGUGCCCAGCUGCAAGAGGUGUCUUGCUUGGGCUACCCACGCAAGCGUGGGUUGUGUUCCCGGAGGCGAUCUAGUACCACCACCCCUUACCUGAGCCCUAGAUUUUCAGUCCAGAAGAAGCGCGGGGGCCAGGUGCACACCAUAGAUACUCAUCUCAUAGGGCCUUCCUUGCUGCUAGCCAGUCUCAUCCAAGUGUACAAGGAAGAAGAAAGGAGACAGUCACAUUGUAAUGAAAGCUCCAGCUCAGGGUCCCCUAAAGAUGGGGUAGUGGACAGUGACUGGAGUGAGGAAGCACUCUCCUCAGGAUCUGAAGGAGCAGAGUGUGAAAAGAAGGAACUGCAAACUGAGUGCUCACUGUAUACUAUUCCCCCAAUCCAACACCCUCCUUAUUUAAGACCUCUCCUACGAGACCCUUAUUACCUGCGCCGCAGAUCCUCCCACCUCCUUCCUGCAGAAUUUGUGCACAGCAAAGCAGCCUACGGGCUUCAAGGCCGCUAUAGAUACUUCAACCAGCGGCGGUACUCAGGUGAAACUCCCAAGCCAAGUGCUUUGCUUCAGCCAUGCAGGUUGCAAAGGGCUGCCAGGAGGUGGAAGGUGCCUGUCGGAACCAGUUGGCUGCCACUGACUACCCAUAAAUGUUUGGGAGUGGAUCCUGCCCACAGCAACUGUGGCAGUGACUCCUCUGAAGGCUGCAGUGCCCUUUUGACAAAAGCCAUUGCCAAGUCGGGUCUCCAACACAUGGUAGCCCAGCCACCCCCUAUAUUUGCCUUAAGAAGUGACUCAGAGAGGGAGAUUCGUAACUCUGUCGACUGGAGUGAGUCUGCAGUUUAUGGGGAACACAUCUGGUUUGAAACCAAUGUCUCUGGGGACUUCUGCUACGUGGGGGAACAAAACUGUGUGUCAAAAAUGCUGCAAAAACCUAUGUCCAAGCGCAAAUGUGCAGCCUGCAAAAUUGUAGUCCACACACCCUGCAUAGAACAACUAGAGAAAAUUAAUUUCCGAUGCAAGCCUUCCUUUAGAGAAUCUGGAUCAAGGAAUAUCCGGGAGCCUACUGUUGUGCGGCAUCACUGGGUACACCGGAGACGCCAGGAAGGGAAAUGUCGACAGUGUGGAAAGGGUUUCCAGCAGAAAUUCGCCUUCCACAGCAAGGAAAUCGUAGCCAUCAGCUGUUCCUGGUGUAAGCAAGCAUAUCACAGUAAAGUUUCAUGCUUCAUGCUGCAGCACAUUGAAGAACCCUGUUCAUUGGGGGCACAUGCUGCUGUUGUCAUCCCCCCCACCUGGAUUUUGCGUGUCCGGCAUCCCCAAAACACUCUGAAGUCGAGUAAGAAGAAGAAAAGGACAUCCUUCAAACGGAAAUCCAGCAAGAAGGGGCCUGAGGAAGGAAGAUGGAAACCCUUUGUUAUCAAGCCCAUCCCAGCACCUCUCAUGAAGCCUCUACUUGUGUUUGUGAACCCUAAGAGUGGUGGGAAUCAGGGAACAAAGAUAUUCCAAUCUUUUAUGUGGUACCUCAACCCUCGGCAAGUUUUUGAUCUCAGCCAAGGAGGUCCCAAAGAAGCGUUGGAGUUGUAUCGUAAAGUGCACAACUUACGGAUUCUGGCAUGUGGAGGAGAUGGUACAGUGGGAUGGAUCCUCUCCAUUUUGGACCAGUUACGCUUGAACCCUCCACCUCCUGUGGCCAUUCUUCCUUUGGGGACAGGAAAUGACCUAGCAAGAACGCUGAACUGGGGCGGGGGUUAUACUGAUGAACCCUUGUCAAAAAUCCUGUCUCAUGUAGAAGAGGGGGAAAUUGUGCAGCUUGACCGCUGGAAUCUACUAGUGGAGCCCAAACCUGAGGGAAAUCCAGAAGAGAAGGAUGAAACAGCAACAGAUAAGCUCCCUCUUGAUGUGUUCAACAAUUAUUUCAGCCUUGGUUUUGAUGCUCGAGUGACACUGGAAUUCCAUGAAUCUCGAGAGGCCAAUCCAGAGAAAUUUAACAGUCGGUUUCGGAAUAAAAUGUUCUAUGCUGGGACAGCGUUCUCUGAUUUUCUCAUGGGGAGCUCCAGAGACUUAGCAAAACACAUCAAAGUGGUGUGUGAUGGAACAGAUCUGACUCCCAAAAUCCAAGAUCUGAAGCCUCAAUGCCUCGUCUUCCUAAACAUUCCAAGGUACUGUGCAGGCACUAUGCCUUGGGGCAACCCUGGAGAGCAUCAUGACUUUGAACCCCAACGCCAUGACGAUGGCUGCCUUGAAGUCAUUGGCUUCACCAUGACAUCGCUGGCAGCACUGCAAGUGGGUGGCCAUGGAGAGCGGUUGCACCAGUGCCGGGAAGUGGUACUUACCACAUCCAAAGCCAUCCCCAUGCAAGUAGAUGGGGAACCCUGUAAGCUGGGAGCUUCCUGCAUACGCAUUUCACUGCGCAACCAAGCAAACAUGGUGCAGAAGACUAAGAGGAGAAACUCCAUGCCUCUAUUUAAUGAUCAGCAACCAGUUCCAGAACGGCUAAGAAUCCGUGUAAGCCGAAUUGGCAUGCAUGACUAUGAGGCACUUCACUAUGACAAGGAGAAACUCAAGGAAGCUUCUGUGCCUUUAGGAAUUAUCGUGGUUCCAGGAGACAGUGAUUUGGAAUUAUGCCGGACCCACAUCGAAAGGCUUCAAGAGGACUUCCCUUCUUGCACUUCCACUAUUCAGAAUCUAUUUCCUCAGGAGGGAGAUGAAGCCAAACCAAAGAUAUUGUCAUGCCAGAAGCUCUCCCCCAAAUGGUGCUUCCUAGACUCAACCACAGCAGAUCGUUUUUAUAGAAUAGACCGUGCCCAGGAACAUCUUAAUUAUGUAACAGAGAUCUCCCAGGAUGAGUUGUUUGUGUUAGACCCAGAACUGGUGCGCACUCAAACAGUGGGCACGUCUCCUGCCAUGCCUGACCUUGUUGAUGCUCCCUCAACACCCACAAAGCAACACCUUCCUCUCCCAAUUUCACCACCAUCUACACCAGUCUCCAGCUCAGCAGUGGACAGCAGCCAGAUCCUUAAAGAUGAUCCUUUGAUAGAUGCUGCCAAGAAUAAUGAUUUCCCCAAGUUCAAAGAACUGCACCAGGCUGGAAAAGACUUGAUGAUGCGUGAUCCCACUGGCCAGACUGUCCUUCACUAUGCUGUCAAAUCAGGGAGUAAGAAGAUUGUGAAAUACAUAAUUGAGAAUGCCCCUGCAGAGAUUUUGGAUGUGGCAGAAGAAGAGAAUGGUGAGACCAGUUUGCAUCAGGCUGCAGCUCUUCGCCAGCGGACCAUCUGCCAUUACAUUGUGGAGGCUGGAGCUUCACUGAUGAAAACAGAUCUGCAGGGAGACACGCCCAAGCACAGAGCUGAGAAGGCAAAUGAUCCUGACCUGGCUGCCUACCUCGAAAAUCGACAGCACUACCAGAUGAUCCAACGGGAGGAUCAGGAAACAGCCGUGUAGCACUCAGCAUGCCUUUAUCCUUCUUCUGGGGGCAAAAGCAGAGUGACACAGGAACAUGGCUAGCCUUUUCUUGAAUAUCCAUCACAGAGAGGAUCAAGAGUUUUUGUUUGGGCUUGGCCAUGGUGCUGUUAUUUAUUCAUGUAGUGGGUGUUGAACAAUGCUGACUCCAUAUCCCCCACCCCCACCACAUUCCACGUAUGGACACUGCUGCCUAAUGCUUCAUCCCUGUCUGCUUCCAAGUUCUCUUGAGAGUCAUUGUUGCUCCUCUCAAAGCAGGAAAAAGACUCCCUUCUAGCUAUUGCUGGAGCUCCAUUUCAGAUAUCUGCCCCCCACCCCGCCCUCUGCAACUGUGUGUUAUGUCCCUAAAGGCAGCAUUGCAACCCUUUCAGGUCUCCUGAAGCUUCAUCCCACCAAUUCUGCUGAUUCCCAGCAGUGGGUAUUGUCUUUCUUAAUAGUUUCAUCAGUAGCAAUGCCCAUUGUCUUGGUAUAUUCUAUACUGGAAAAUUGCUAGCACAAUUUUUGAGAAGGCAUCCAGGAAAGACUCGUGUUCAUACUCCUAUCUUGUUGCUCAGGCACUGUGGUAUUCAAUGACUUGUGUAAACUUUGGGUGACAGUCACAUUGGCAAGCAGUCCAAGUAUGGGCUAGGUUUGCAUUCUCUCAGCACAGCAUAUCCCUCUUCUUCCCUUCCUUCAUUCCCUUUAUUCUGUUGACCCUGUACUGCAAGCCCCAUGCUGUAAAGGGUGUUUAUAUAGCUUGUAAAAACAGGGAACACAGGCCAAAUCCCACUCCCUCCAAUUUAAGCUGCUGCAAGCUGAGUUUUGAAACUGCCACACUAAAUGUUCUGAGCAAAGUGCCUCCUCUCCAGCUUUCUUCCCCCCCCCCUUUCUAUUCUCAUAUAUUGCCUUUUUUCUGCUUUUUGCAUUCACUGGUUUAGGAAAUAGCAGCCUGUUGUGAAUGUAUUCAAAAUAUGUUUAGGCAGCCUGAAAUUUGCUGAAAAGGGGAGACAAAUCUCAUCUGAAAAGGCCAUUGGUACUUGUCAUACUUAAGGACAAAGCAUUUUCAGUAGGGAAAUUAUCUUUUUGUUUUAAGGGGAUAUGAGUAACUAUGAAAUACAUCAAUAUACAGGAAACUAUUCCUAUCAGCCAGUGUUAAUGGCAGACUUUAUCCUUUGAUGCAGGGACCUGUAGUGACAAUAGUGGUAGUGGAUGGAAAAGUUCCUAUACAGCCAUCUGAUUCCUUACCUGAAUAGGAAUGGUCUCUGCAGUUUGUUCCUAGACUCAGGCACAGGCAUAUAGUCAUCCACUCCAAGUUAUAAUACUUUGGCACACACACUUAACAGUGUACAAGCACUGCGAGCACUAUUGCAGGCAUAUCCUACUUAUCAUCCUAAGAUGUUUUGUUUGCCCAAGCACUAGCUAUUUGUCCCCUUUUUUGGUUUUGCUAAAACAAAAACAACCCCAAACUUCCUAACACUUAAUGUUCAAAGAACUUGAUGCAAUGUUACUAUAGCUAGUAAUGGGAUAUUUGUUUCCUUAGCUGGCCUGCACAUCUCUAGCUAUUAAAAAAACUUACUUUAGUCAUCCUGCAUAUAGAUUGAAUAGAUAGCCAGCUGAUUCCAUAAAACAGAGACUAAAUGAAAUCCAGCUGAAAUGCAGCUGAGUUUACAACCUUAUAAACAUGCUGUUCUACCUGAACAGCUCAGAUUAAAUAAGCUGAGAUCUUUACUUGAUCAGGAAGAGUGGAUUGAAACUGGACCAAAAAAUUUUAAUAAUUUACAUCUCCAGCAUGGGCAAGAAUUCUUAAAUCUCAGUGAGGCUAUGGGCUCUCUUCUGAAACUAUCGGAAAAUAAGUUGCUUUCCAUGGACUGAUGACACUGGACCACAAACGAGCACUGAGUCUUAAAGGCCCACAGGAGAAGUCUUUGUGCACAGAAUUUUUUUAAAUUGGUGCAUCUUAAAGGACAUGAGAGGCAAGCUGCUGAUGAAGAAAAACCUGCAUGCAAAACUUACCAGGGGUUAACCUUCCAUAGAUGCAAGAGUUUGAACUUAGAAAAAGCAGACUUUAAAGUCAUGGUUCUCUGAAUAUUAGGAGGCUCAGUAAGAUUAAGGUCAGGAACCUGCUACAUACCACCCAGAUAUAUAAGAAUAUCCUAUACCUGCCUGGAAGCUUGUUCUCCUUCAAGACUGAGCUUGCUUGCUUUCUGUAUCUAUUGCUCUUAAGAUUGAGGUACUAAAAAUGUCUGAUAGCAACUGAGACUUUAACAGAUGGCCCUGUGUCCAUUUAAAUCCCCUCUGGGAGCUUGCUUUUUCCAUCUGAUUGGAAUGUGGCACCAUGCAAAGGAUAAUACCCAAAAGCAGACUGCACAGCACUCUGAGCACAGAUCUCAGGCAAGAUGUGAAUUGUCCUAAAUCAGAAGCUCUGUCCCCUCUUUGACAUCAUCCCCUGCUUUCCUCUCCAGAGAUGUGGUAAAACAGCCAAAACGUUUGGGGAUCUGAGGGUGGUGCAGACUCGCAGCUGCACCAUAUCAAGCCCAACUGGUUGGCUCACCCAGGUCUUUGGCCUUGGACAACUGCCAUGCCAAUAAUGGCAACUUCCCAUCCUAGAUGAUGAUGAUGGAUCUUAUAGGUCAACUGAAGAGAAUGCCCCACCCUUUGCUCUAUCUAGCAGGAUUCAUGCUCUGGAUUUUUAAAAUUGUAAACAUUCCUCUAUGUAGCUGGAUAUACAAGCUGACUCCCUAAACAUGAUUUAUACCCCGUAGGCCUACUAUCUUUUCUUCCCUCCUUUUAUAUGUCUUCUUAAACUUUGUACAGGUAGUUCAAAAGCACACUGUUUCCUCAUCUCUAAAUGUUUGUUUGUGCAUGUGUGUCCUAAGCUGAGUUGCUGUGCAAUUCAAACCUUGGCUUGUUCUACUCCAAGGGGGAAGGAGUGUAUUUGAGAGUGUUUUCCCUCUGUGCAAUACCUAAUUCCCAUUUCCUAGAUUCAGACUAGUAGGACACUUUUGGUUUGACUGGUUUGGGUUGGGUUGGUUUUUUUUUUUUUUUAAUGUAACUACGUUGGAAGCGUGUGCUUCCGUUGGCUUUCUCUUUGACAGUUUAAAUGUUUUGUUGAGUUUUGCCAUUAAAAUAGAAGGUUGAACAUUUUACUUCCCCUCUCUAUUUUUUUCAAAACACUUCGUUUUCUCAUAUAUGGUGUGUGUAAUAGAAAAGAUCCUUUAUUUCCUGAAAAAAGUAAUAGCUAACCCUAUUUUGGAAUUGCUAUGUGGAAACAGCUUUUAAGCAUAGGUAAAUACCACAGAAUGAAUUUGGCUGCCUCUCUUCCAAAUUUUUUUCUUCAAAAGGAUGGAUGAGAUGGGCUCUUAGCAGUUAUUUUACUUUUUUGCAAUGUGUCAUAUGGUGCUAAAAGAAAACAAAAAGUGACAUGACAGUGACCAUUCCUUUUUUUGCUUCCAUUCCAGCACCAGUGCUGAACCACAGUUGCUGGUAGGUAUUCCAAUAAAUAGCCCAACAUUAAAAUG